AUAUUAAAGUCACGUGAUCUGCCUGGUGAACCUCCCUCCUGAAACCUCGGGAAUUAUCGUUACUUUAGAAAUACCAACUUUAAGGAUCGAACACGACAUCCAUGUAUUAAAUUGUCCGAGACGUUUGAAAUGGUAACUUGUAUUUUCAAUAUUAUUUAUUUAUCUCUGGCUCGUUUAGCUCUGAUUAUAACAACAAAAUCUAAUCGCAAUAGCUUGAAUCGAUAUUUACUAAUUUAAAAUUUCUAAUUAUAUGGUAAAAUGAAAAGAUUUAUUUCUUUUAACUGUAGAAUUAUGAGCAAUUCAAUAAAUUUUGCUGUUUUUUCUUGAAUAGUAAAUAACUUGAGCGAAAUUAAAAUUUCAAUUGUGAUGUUUCCUUAUAUGGACUGGCUGUUUAUUAUUUUGUGAACAACUUAUUAAUAAUUUUAAUGAUCUUCUUGAUUCUCUGUCCUACCGUGAGAUUUCUCGUAAUCAUUCAUAUGUUUAGGUAAAUAAAAAUUCAAAUAGAACUCAUAACAACUACUCUGUUAGGAGUGCAUGCUUUCUAUAAAAACUAGGAAGUAGUAUAAGCGCAUAAAGGACCCUAAAUAACCCAAUUUUAACCAUUUAAUUACUUCUUGUCUAUUCCGUUUAUUUUUAUUAUUAUCGUAUCGAAAUCGAAACCUACGAUUUAUUUCAGGGAGAUCGAAUCGGAACCGGAAUUCGUUAAUCGUUGAAGUCUAGUUCUGGUCAGGAUCGAUAAAUCGAUUAUCUUUGCUUUUAUAGCUACCCAAUCUCCUUAACUUUUCUGUGGACUUUGGCAAAUUUAAAGCAAAACCUAAGCAGUAAGAAUUUUUCAAUAUGGCUUCCAAUGAGGAUAGCCUUAUCAAUGAAAUUAAGAGGAGUCGGGAAAUUGUCAAAAGCUAUGAUUCGGGAUCCUUUGCAGAUAUAGACGAAAGUGAAGUUUUCGAUAGUUCAUAUUAUAAUAAAAUCGAUAGAUUCGGUUUUAGACAUCCUGAAGGUUACUCAGAAACAAGUGAUGAAUCUAAAACUAAGAAAAAAGAUAUUUCUAGAUUACAGAAAUGGGAUAAAUACGUUAAAGCUAAAGCCGGUUUUCGAAAAGAUGAAAAAUUUCGUAAAAGGGUCUAUAAAGGCGUACCUCAAAGGUUUAGAGGAUGGUAUUGGGAAUCAAUGUUAGACGUAAAAAAUACUAAGGAUCAACAAAUUCAUGGAAAUGUAUAUAAGAAUAUGACCGAAAAGGGACGCAACUAUUCGCCUUACAUCGAUCAAAUUGAUAAGGAUGUUAAUCGAACUUUUCGCAGUCACACAUCUUUCGAAAAGCGUUAUCAAGGACAACAAAAACACCUUUUCAACGUUCUCGUCGCAUAUUCCGUUUACAAUACUGAAAUUGGUUAUACGCAGGGAAUGAAUGGAAUAGCGGCAUUACUAUGCAUGUUUCUCAGUGAUGAAGAUGCGUUUUGGGCUUUUUCAAAUUUAUUCACAGUCGAAAAAUAUGGUAUGCACGGUUUCUUUGCUUUAGGUUUUCCAAAAAUUGAACGAUUUAAGGAACUGCUGCAAUCAUUAUUGAAGAAACACUUGAAAAAAUUGUAUAAGCACAUGAAAGAAAUGAAUAUAGUUGCAGAUACGUAUGUUUUCAAGUUCUUCAUGGCCUGCUUUGCUCAUUGUGUUCCACCGAGUUUGAUGUUUCGACUAUUUGACGUUUUUAUUCUUGAAGGCGACAAAAUGUUGCUAGCUAUGGGUCUGCUGUAUUUCAAAAAACAUAGUAAGAAAAUGUUGAAAAUGAAUGACGAAAAACUUUACGAAUAUAUGAAUAAUACUCUGCCGCAAAACUUCGGUUAUCCAGACGAUGAAGUUAUGACGGAACUUAUGGAUCUAGUCGACGAACUGCAGAGAAGUCGAACGUUUAUAAAUAAAUUAACACAGCCAGAUGGAAAGAAAGAGUGUCCUAAUAGAUUUUUUAUGUGUAACACGGAAGAAAUACAAAAACGAAUUGAUUGUUUCGAGAAGAUGUGUAUCGAAUCUCUUCCUAACCCUUCUUACUUGCGUAUAGAGGAGAAAAAGUCACCAACCAAGAGUCAGAAGUCAGGGACAGACGAAAAUUCAGCAACUCGCAACUCCAAGUCAAGCAGAGAAAUGUCACCUUUACAAGGACAGCACUCCAUAGACAGUGCAGAUGAACUUUCAUUCAGUGAGAGAAGUUAUAUACCACAAUCCCAGCAAGCUGUUCAAAUAGUAAGAAGUAAUAGUCAGCCGAAAACGGCAUCGCCCAAAAAAUCCCCAACGAAGCCAGCAAUAAAUCAUACAGUUCAAGUUGAAAUUGAGAGUCAGCCUGUUAAAGUCGAAAAAACUAAUUUAAAUGGCUCAUCAGUAUCUGACACAGAUAAAAAAUUAGCAAGACCAGCUUCUAUGUAUACGAAUAUUACUAGCUCAGCCGAUGAAACAAACGUUCGGAGUUCACAUUCCGUCAAUUCGUUUCGAAAUUCCGUGCCAUCUUCGCCAUUAAAUAAUGGACUCUUGUCAACAAGUCACAAGUCAUUAAAUGAUUAA